CGGCCUCGGUUUCCCGUGAGGCUCCGCGCGGGGCCGGCGGCGGCGGCGGCGGGGGGGGGCCCGGCGGGCGCCAUGGAGGCCGUGCCCCGCAUGCCCAUGAUCUGGCUGGACCUGAAGGAAGCCGGCGAGUUCGCCUUCAACGCCGCCGUCAAGAAGUUUGUCCUGAAGAACUACGGGGAGAACCCGGAGAACUACAACGAGGAGCUGCGCAAGCUGGAGGUGCUGCGGCAGAACGCCGUGAACGUCCCCAGGGACUUCGAGGGCUGCAGCACGCUGCGGAAAUACUUCGGGCAGCUCCACUACCUGCAGAGCCGCAUCCCCAUGGGCGCUGAGCAGGAGGCCGCCGUCCCCAUCGCGUGGACCGAGAUCUUCUCAGGCAAGACGGUGACUCACGAGGACAUCAAGUACGAGCAGGCGUGCAUCCUCUACAACCUGGGUGCGCUGCACUCCAUGCUGGGCGCCAUGGACAAGAGGGUGUCGGAGGAGGGCAUGAAGGUUUCGUGCACCCACUUCCAGUGCGCUGCCGGGGCCUUCACCUACCUGCGGGACCACUUCCCCCACUCGUACAGCGUGGACAUGAGUCACCAGAUCCUCAACCUCAACAUCAACCUCAUGCUGGGCCAGGCGCAGGAGUGUCUGCUGGAGAAAUCCAUGCUGGACAACAGGAAGAGCUUCCUCGUGGCCCGGAUCAGCGCCCAGGUGGUGGAUUACUACAAGGAGGCCUGCCGGGCGUUAGAGAACUCGGAGACGGCCUCGCUGCUGGGGAAGAUCCAGAAGGACUGGAAGAAGCUGGUUCAGAUGAAGAUCUACUAUUUUGCCGCCGUGGCCCACCUGCACAUGGGCAAACAGGCCGAGGAGCAGCAGAAGUUCGGGGAAAGGGUCAUCUACUUCCAGAGCGCGCUGGAUAAGCUCAACGAGGCCAUCAAGCUGGCAAAGGGCCAGCCCGAAACCGUCCAAGAAGCCCUGAGGUUCACCAUGGACGUGAUCGGUGGCAAGUACAAUUCGGCCAAAAAAGACAACGACUUCAUCUACCACGAAGCCGUGCCCGCUCUGGACACCCUGCAGUCCGUGAAAGGUGCCCCGCUGGUGAAAGCCCUCCCCGUCAACCCCACGGACCCCGCUGUCACCGGCCCCGAUAUCUUCGCCAAGCUGGUGCCCAUGGCUGCCCACGAGGCCUCCUCGCUCUACAGCGAGGAGAAGGCCAAGCUGCUGAGAGACGUGAUGGCCAAGAUCGAAGCCAAGAACGAAGUGCUGGACCAGUUCAUGGACUCCAUGCAGCUGGACCCCGAGACCGUGGACAACCUGGACAUGUACAGCCACAUCCCUCCCGUCCUCAUGGAGAAGUGCGCCGCGCUCAGCGUGCGCCCCGACACCGUCAAGAACCUCGUCCAGUCCAUGCAGGUGCUCUCCGGGGUCUUCACCGACGUGGAGGCCUCCCUGAAGGAGAUCCGAGACCUCCUCGAGGAGGACGAAGCUCAGGAGCGGAAGCUGCAGGAGCUGCUGGGGAAGGGCCCGGCGCCCCAGGGCUCCCCUCCGCCGCCCUCCGCGGGGCUGGCCGAGGUCAGCAAGGAGUGCUCCAAGUACAUGGAGGUGCACGAGAAGGCCAGCUUCACCAACACCGAGCUGCACAAGGCCAUGAACCUGCACAUCGGCAACCUCCGCCUGCUCAGCGGGCCGCUCGAGCAGGUCCGGGCCGCGCUGCCCUCGCCCGCGUUGACCGAAGACGACAAGCAGGUGCUGCAGAACCUGAAGCGGAUCCUGGUCAAGGUGCAGGAGAUGCGGGACCAGCGCCUGUCCCUGGAGCAGCAGCUGCGCGAGAUGAUCCAGAAGGACGACAUCACCACCUCGCUGGUCACCACCGACCGCUCCGAGAUGAAGAAACUCUUUGAGGAGCAGCUGAAGAAGUACGACCAGAUCAAGGUGUACCUGGAGCAGAACCUGGCGGCCCAGGAGAACAUCCUGAAGGCGCUGACGGACGCCAACGUCAAAUACGCGGCCGUGCGCAAGGCGCUGGCCGAGGUGGAGCACAAGUGGAACACCACCGUUCAGACCUUGGUGGCCUCCUACGAAGCCUACGAGGACCUGAUGAAGAAGUCCCAGGAGGGGAAGGAUUUCUACACCGACCUGGAGGGGAAAGCCGCCAAGCUGCUGGAGAAGGCGCGGGCGGCCUGCCAAGCUGCCGAAGCCACCCGGCAGCAGAUCCUGGAGAAGGAGAUGAAGAAACACCCGCCCCCCCGGCCCACGGCCCCCAAGCCUGCCCUGCAGAAGAAGCCUCCGGAGCUGGAAGCGGGCGGGCCGGAGGCUGCCGACGUGCCGCAGCUCAGCUCCCUGGGCUUGGCCGACCUGCCCGAGGAGCUGCGCAGCCUGCCCCCCGACGUGCUGGCCGGGCACCUGGCCCGCUUGCCCCCUUCCACGCUGGCCGCUCUCGCCCUCGACCCGGCCCUGGCAGCCGGGCUGCGCCCCCCUGCCCCCCCCCGAGCUUUUUCUACCCCCGGCCAGGCUGGCGAGCGCCCCGCUGCAGCCCGGGCAGCCCUUCGCCCCCGCCCGCUUCCCUGCCCUGCCCGGGCACUACGCGGUGCCUGCCUCUGCCCCGGGUCCCUUUCCCCACGGCAGCGGGGCUCCGGUGCUCCCAGCGCAGCUCCUGCAGCCCUCUGCCCCCCAGGCGGCCGUUCCCCCCCCCAGCUCAGCCCCUUCCUCUGCCCCCCAGCUCUUCCCCGCCGCCCCCCUGGUCCGAGGCGCGGUGCAGCCGGGCUACGCCGGGCCCCACGUGCUGCCCCCGCGCUCGUCCCCGCAGCACGGCCCCGCUGCCUCCUACGGCCUGGGCCAACCCGGGCUGCCCGCACCCGGCCCCCUCCGGCCCCCAGCCAUGACCCCGGCCCCCGUGGGUGCCCAGCCACCACCCAUGGGUGGCCCCGAGCAGGGCCCGGCCAUCGGCCGGCCACCACCACCGUGGACAGCAUCCAGGCCCCCAUCUCCAGCUGCACGGCCCCCCCACGGCUCCCCGGCCAGGGCCCUGCCGUGCCCCCCGGUGGCUUCCUGGCCCCCCAGCGGCCUGGUGCCCCCCCUGCCUCCUUCCCCUACGCCCCGGGGGGGCUGCAGCAGCCUUUUGGGCAGCCAGCUCCGCACCCCUUCCCUCCUGGGCAGCACCCCCACGCCACUUUCACCCCCCCCAGUGCAGCUGCAGCCCGGCAUGGAGAUGCCGGCUCGGCCCCAGGGCCUGGCCCUGCCCCGUGCCACCCCGCACCCCCCGGCACCAUGGCCAUGGGUCCCCCCCCGCCCUCCCCAGCCAGCCAGUCGGGCCCCCACCACGCCGCCCCUUCUCCCAGCCCGGUCCUGAGCCAGAUGCAGGGGCCGGUGGUGGUGCAGGGCCCCCUGGUCCCCUCCCCGGCCCCUUCCCCGCAGCCGCCCAUGCCCCUGCAGCCCCCGGCUCUGGUGCCCGGCUCCGGCGCCCUCCCGCAGAGACCUCCGCCCUCGCUGACCCCCGGCGCGGCCCCGCUCGCCCAGGGCCCCGGCGAGGCCCCCUUCCAGCGGCAGAGCUCCUCCACCGACGACCUCCUGUCCUCCAGCCCCGAGAGCCAGCACGGCGGCUCCAAGGCGGCCGUGGGGCAGCCGCUGCUGCAGCCCACCAAGGCCGACGCCAAGGAGGGCCAGAAGCCCAAGGCCGUGCAGCUCAUCGAGAACGACCCCUACGAGAAGCCCGAGCGCGUCCUGCGCCUCCUGGCCGAGCUCGACCGCUUCCGCGGGCUGGUGGAGCGCCUGGAGCGCCCGGCCCCCGGCGGCGCCACCGAGCUGGACGCGGUGUGGAAGGAGCUGCAGGACGCCCAGGAGCGCGACGCCCGGCAGCUCUCCAUCGCCAUCGCCCGCUGCUACUCCAUGAAGAACCGGCACCAGGACAUCAUGCCCUACGACAGGAACCGCGUCGUCCUCCGCUCGGGCAAGGACGACUACAUCAACGCCAGCAGGGUGGAGGACCUCUCGCCUUACUGCCCCACCAUCAUCGCCACCCAGGCGCCGCUGCUGGGCACCGCCGCCGACUUCUGGCUCAUGAUCUACGAGCAGAAGGUCUCCGUCGUCGUCAUGCUGGUGUCGGAGCAGGAGCUGGACAAGCAAAAGGUGCUGCGGUACUUCCCCGCGGAGCGGGGCCAGCCCGUGGUGCAGGGCCCCGUCACGCUGGUCCUCACGGGCCUGAAGGCCGCCCCCACGCACGUGGAGCGGAUGAUCACGCUGCAGUACCGCGACCAGAGCCUCAAGCGCACCGUCAUCCACCUGCAGUUCACCUCCUGGCCCGAGCUGGGCCUGCCCGACAGCAAGGGGAGCCUCCUGCGCUUCAUCCAGGAGGUGCACGGCCACUACCUGCACCAGCGCCCGCUGCACACCCCCAUCGUGGUGCACUGCAGCUCCGGCGUGGGCCGCACCGGGGCCUUCUGCCUGCUGUACGCGGCCAUGCAGGAGGUGGAGGCGGGCAACGGCAUCCCCGACCCGGCCCAGCUGGUGAAGCGCCUGCGGCAGCAGCGCAAGCACAUGCUCCAGGAGAAGCUGCACCUCAAGUUCUGCUACGAGGCCGUCCUGCAGCACGCGGAGCAGGUCCUGCACCGCCACGGCGUGGGCACGCCGCCCGUCCCCAAGCCCCCCAACAGCACCUCCCCCAAGCUCUACUUCCACCAGGACCCCCAGGACCUGGUGCUGGGGGGGGACCUGUCCAUCAGCUCCAUCCAGGCCACCAUCGCCAAGCUCAGCAUCAAGCCUCCGGGGAUAGGGGGGGAGAUCGGGGGGGGGCUGGGGCUGGACCCUGCCCCUGGGCCUGAUCCUGCCGCCCUUGAGGCGCUGCCGGCGCUUCCCGAUGGCGCGCUGGACGGCGUGAUGGACGGCAGCGCCGCGCCGCUCCCUGAGCCAACUCCUCCGGCGCCGCCCGAGCCCCCUGCCGAGGCCGAGAGCAGCAACCACGUGGAGGAGACCCCCAAACCCCCCGCGGCCGAGCCCCCGCCGCCCCCGGCCUCCGCUCCCUCCUCCUCCUCGCUGGAGCUGCUGGCCUCCCUCACGCCCGAGGCCUUCACCCUGGACGCCUCGCUGAAGGGCAAGCAGCGGAUGAACAAGCAGAACUUCCUCCAGGCACAGACGGGUGAGGGGCUACGGGGGCCCCGGCCCAGCGACGACCCCCUCAGCAUGCUCGACCCGCUCUGGACACUCAACAAGAGCUGAGGGGGGGGCCUGCCCCCCCCCAGCCCCUGCACUACAGCCCCCAGCCCUCAGCUGCUGCCUCCCAGGGUGCUGGGCUGGCCCCCGGGGGGUUGAGGGGCGCAGGGGGGGGCCCUGCCUCCCCCCCCCCAGCUUUGUACAGGUGUACCGGCGCCGAUCACCUUCUCUCACUCCCUUAGAACUGACUUUUUCAGCUCUUUGCUACUAAAAUAAAGAGGUUGAUCUGGC